AAACGAAACAAGGGCUUUUUGUGUUCUGGACAAAGAACGUUCUUGGAAUAGCGUAAGGUAAAAACGACUUCAGUGAAAAAACGUCAAAAAGGUUUUGGGUGUUUUUUUUACCCUCUUAGGUCAAAACCACCAUCGAUAUCAAGUUUCAGUUUCUAAGAACUCGAACGCACUUCGCUUUUGGUUUUGUGAGCUCGAGCGUCAUCGUGGCUUUUAUAGAACUUGGCAAAUCGCGGAACUAAGUUAACUGGGUGCCGACAUGAUUUGAAAGUCAAAAUAAGAACCGAGAAACAGCAUGUUGGAAGCCGUUGCGGCACUUCUUGUUUACAUUGUAGAGAGUUUCACCGGGAGUGUUAUCGAAAACUCCUCUGCUACUGCAUGUCGACGAGCGAGCAGCGAAAGCAGCGAUAAUGCGGAAGGACAAGCUCUGGUUCAAGUAGAGGAAAAUCAUGUUCUGAGCGAUUUUACAGACUUUGAUCCCGACGAUGACGUGUUUCAAGAAUUUGAUCCUCCUCCUAGAAGCACUGGGAAAAUGGCCUGGAAGCUAUCUCGUCCUCCGCGCUGGAAAUCAGCUCUUACCUGUUUCAAAACGGUGUUGAUAAUGCAGUUGCUGUUUGGGUCUAGCAUUGGGUUGCUCGCAAUCGCAGUGGCAGUGAUUGAUUUCAAUACAGCCGAUCUUUGCUAUGAAAAGACUCUCAAAUGGCACAGUAUGCCUCGUUUGAUUCAGAGUAUUCGAGUCACUGGACAGUCAAUUGAAGGUUUUUUAAUUCAGCUAUGGCAUUUUUGUGUAAUGCUAUGCAUGUUUGGCUUUUCAACUAUGAAGGAACUAAACCUUUUGACAGUCAAUCUUCUUGCUGCAUUUACAGACACUAGCUAUCGCCUCUUCUUGCAGAUAUUUGGCAUCUACAAACGUCCCUGGAUGAGCUAUCCGUUGAACGCCUUGUUUGUUUCGAUGGUCAUUGCCAACAGCCUGAUAAUCGCCAAGAGAGUCAUACCUUCGAGAUUGUACAGUAAGAAGAGAUUGUGCAAAGUUGCAGGGCUGUUAGCCCUUCAGUUCAUAUUUGGUAUACCUGUCAGUUUUCUACUGGUUUAUAAGGUCUUUUCAUGGUAUAACGAGAAAACCGAGAUCGAAAAGGUGUUCAUUGCGGGAGUGAGCCCUCUACUUGUGACUAUCCCAAAAGUCAUAGCUCGCACAGCCGUUCCAAAGUUUAACUUCGUUCACCCCGGUGUCCUACACCUCUUAGUGAGUAGCUUGUACACUGGGUCAGCCUUGGUCUUCCGCAUUAUGCAAGCAGAGUUGAUGAGCUUUUGGUUAUUUGCUGCUCUGGGCGUUGGUCACGCUGUGGUCGAUCUUGUGGAGCGCGUGACGGUCACCAUGCGAGAUCACAUCUGGGAGUACAUGUACAAACUAUUGUCUCGCUGUGGUACAUCACAGACGAGGAAUUUCCGGGCAGGACAAGCUCGUACUCCUCGGAGCAUGCGUUUCGUGGCAGAUGUUAGCAUUCAGCUUCUCCUUAUAGAAGCCACCGCUCUGGUAUCCGCUGUGGGAUUCAAUCAACUCUACAAGUUCAUGUACCCAGAUAACUUGCCAACGUCCGAGGAUUACUUUUGGGAUCUUAUCUGGGGAUUUCUUAAACGUUGCCUUACCGGUCUUGCUAUAGAUGUAGUUUUCAACACCAUCUCUGUGUGGCUACAAGUCAUGCUUUUCAAUGUUGCCGUGUUAAGAGUGUGGAAGAGUAAAAAGUGGCGAUUCCAUGUUAUUGCCAAUGUAGUUUGUACCGUCAUGGUGGUUUUAUACUUCUCAGAGUACCUCUUUGCUAUAGUUAGAGAAAAAAACGAUGGUAAAACGGCUAAGAGAUUUGCAUUUAACUGUUCUUUGCCCUUUUCCAAGUUCUAAUUAUUGGAUGUAAAUCUAGAUUUUCCUUUCAUUUUUGUGAUUUGUUACUAAUUAAAAUUUUAGCUUAGGAAUUGUUAUUAUAAGUAAUUUAAUUGUACAUUGUAGGAGUGUCCCCAAUUAGCGCCUGUGUUCCACAGGAACUAGAUUCUUUAGACACUGAAAUAAAGUUGUUAUUCUUAAAUUACUAUUGCAGUUGACAAGUUUUGCGAGAGUCUUCCGGGCAUAAAGCGUACCAGAAAACCCCGUUGCUCUCGACACUCGUGUAUAUUUGUGCCCGGUGAUAAACCGACAAACUUCCGAAGGGAGCCCUAUUCUACCACACUUGUAAACUUCAUUCUUUUUAAUGACCUAGAGGUCUACUCUCUUGCCUCCCAACCACUGGCAAAGACUGUCAGUUUCUUGUGGAAAAGCGUUGUCAAUUAUUAGAAAAUCAUCAGUAAACCCCUGCUGUGAUAUAUUUUUUUUUGUACACAAGGUGACGUAGACGCUUGACGUCGUCCCG